AUGUUCCGUCAUGGAGUCCGCACGUUCGCGACCAGCGCGCUGAGACGGGCAGAGCACAGCUCGGCCAACCUGGGCAUUGCACAAGCGCAGGGUGUAGCAAGGGGUCUCACAGCAGCAAUUGGCAACACACCGCUCAUUCGCCUCAACCGCUUGUCCGAGGAGACGGGCUGCGAGAUCCUCGGCAAGGCCGAGUUUCAGAACCCCGGCGGCUCAGUGAAGGACCGGGCGGCGCUGUUCGUCGUCAAGGAUGCCGAGGAGCGCGGCCUCCUGAGGCCCGGCGGCACGGUGGUCGAGGGCACCGCCGGCAACACGGGCAUUGGGCUGGCACACGUGUGCCGCAGCCGGGGCUACAAGCUGGUCAUCUACAUGCCCAACACGCAGUCGCAGGGAAAGAUUGACCUGCUGCGUCUGCUCGGCGCCGAGGUCUAUCCCGUGCCAGCCGUCGCGUUCGAGAACCCCGAGAACUACAACCACCAGGCAAAGAGGCACGCCGAGCGCCUGGACAAUGCCGUGUGGACGAAUCAGUUCGAUAACACGGCCAACAGGAGGGCGCACAUCGAGACCACCGGCCCGGAGAUCUGGGCGCAAACGGGCGGAAAGGUGGACGCUUUUACUUGCGCAACUGGCACGGCGGGAACUCUGGCUGGUGUGACGAGGUCACUGAAGGAGCUUUCAGAUGGCCGUGUGAAGUGCUUCCUUGCCGAUCCGCCAGGAAGUGUUCUGCAUUCAUAUAUCUCUUCGGGAGGGAAGCUAAUUGAGCGCACGGGAUCAAGUAUAACAGAGGGCAUUGGACAAGGGCGUAUCACAGACAACCUCAAGCCGGAUAUUGAUCUGCUAGAUGGCUCGCUGACCAUUGCCGACGAGAAGAGCAUCGAGAUGGUCUACCGGUGUCUAGAUGAGGAGGGACUAUACCUGGGAGCAAGCUCGUCCCUGAACGUUGUCGCUGCGAAAGAGGUCGCUGAGAAGCUCGGCAAGGGUCAUACGGUGGUCACGAUGCUGUGCGAUGGCGCAUACCGCUACGCGGACAGGCUGUUCUCCAAGAAGUGGUUGGAGUCGAAGAAUCUCCUCGGUGCGAUUCCCAAACAUUUGGAGAAGUAUAUAGUAUUGCCAUGA